AUGCCGAUACAGUACCAUCUUCUGUCAGGUUUGGCACCUUGCUGCUGGACGAUCAAACAUCGCAAGGUAGAGGCAGUGGUUGAAGAAGGAGACAUUCAAAUCAGCGACUGCAAAUACCUCUCAUCCUACAAUUGGCUCCAUGAUCAAGGAUCGACUAUCAUCAUCCCAGGGUCCCCUAACGUCCUCCAGGACAUCAACUCUAUCACCCCAGGAUCUAUACAAUUGAUAGCUGAUGGCGAGGGGCCCAGCCAAGGGUCAGGACGGAAUGAGAUGUUUUCGCCUCAUAUGUUGCCGCUCUUUGUUGCCGUGAAUCUUGCUAGAAUUCGCGGGUCUCAGAUCUAUGAGGAGCCGUUCGACUGGACAUCGUUCCACUUCAUCACCGAUCGCUCUCUCCUUCGGCGACUGCAUAGUUGGGCAUGCACCAAGAAAGGCCCACCUUUCAGGAUCGAUAUGCAACGUCUAGGAUCGGAGACCAUCGUUCUUAGCAGGUAUGAGAUGAACAACACCCACUACCCCCGAUCGUUUGGAUCCAGCUUCGAAGACAUGUUUACAAGGCCGGCGGAAGGCUGUGAGAAUACAACAACCCACCACCGAAUCGUUUCAUAUGACAUGGCGGGGUUGAAGAUGGUAGUCCGUUUCGAGGUGGAUGCUUACCUGCAAGAUCCCGACGCCACCAAGCCUGAUGCCAAGAGCGACUGUACUGCAGCACCAGAAGAGCUUCGACUAUCUGGUUAUGAUCUGAAGAUCAGAUCCGGCGGCUCUUGGGAAGUACCCCAGUCAUCCCUCGUGGAGCUCAAAACCACCAAAGCGUUGAACUAUCCGAAAUGGAAGAAGGAUUACCCUCAGCUAUUCCUCUCCCAGACCCCGCAUAGCUACCGCGCUUUCCACGACAACGGAACAAUCACAGAAGUUCAGCAUGACACCUUGGAUUCACUAGUGGCGCGAGGCAUUCAUAGGAGGAAUGCAGAGGCUUUACAAAAGCUUCCGAAGUUGCUAAAGUUGAUAAGGGGAGAAGUCAUUAAACGAGGGGACCGAGGAAGACAUAUGAGCUUGGUAUGUCAAGGCGGUGACCUAGGGCUGCACUACAGAAUGUCGGGUGCUUUGAUACCAGAAAGUGUUAUGACAGCCACAAAUAACUUAUUCGAGGUAUAG